AUGUCCACGCCAUCAGACACAUCAGGUGGUAUGUCCCAUCCUGGUCCUUCACCUUCGGCUGGUCUGUCCCCAGGGCCCAUCCUGGGCCCCAGUCCUGGACCGGACCCUUCACCGAGUUCUGUUCACAGUAUGAUGGGGCCCAGUCCUGGACCUGGAACACCUAAUGCCCCUCAUGGCAUGCAGGGCCAAGGACAAAGUGACUACUCCCAGGACGGCAUGUAUCCUAUGCACAAGCCCGUGGAGGGGACACUGAAUGAUAAGACGAUGGCAGAGGCUAUGCAUUUUGGUCACAUGAAAGGUGUCGGGAUGAGAUCCCUCCACAGUGGCAUGGGCCCUCCUCAGAGUCCUAUGGACCAGCACAGCCAAGGAUACAUGUCUCCACACCCAUCCCCCAUGGGACUCCAUGAGCAUGCUUCUAGUCCCAUGUCAGGAGGUGGAGGUGGACCUACACCCCCCCACAUCCCUCCCUCCCAGUCAGGCCCGAUGAUGUCUAUGGAUCCUCAGGGGGGCAUGUCCAGUAUGGGACAGCAGGGUCGGGGGCCCUCUGCCUUCAACCCGGUCCAGCUGCAGCAGCUAAGAGCUCAGAUUCUCGCCUACAAGAUUCUGGCCCGGGAGCAACCGCUGCCAGAAAACCUCCAACUCGCCGUUCAGGGCAAAAGGAGUCUACCCACAAUGCAACAGCAGCAGCAACAACAGCAGCAGCAACAGCUGCCAUCGAGUGCCAGCCCAUACAGACCUCCAGGUAUGCCAAUGACAUCCAUGGGUGGUCCUCAGUCCAGCCCCUCUCCAGCACCAGCCAUGCAAGUACACAAUCAGAGCACGGGACCCAAACCGUGGCCCGAUGGUCAGAGUGCUGACAAUCAAGCGACUGCUCAGAAACACCUCACCCCCAUUCCCAGCGGCCGCCCCUCCCCUGCACCUCCUCAGACCACCGCGGGGCCUCCUGGGCCCAUGCCAGGAGGUUCUGUGGCCCCCCAUCCCCAGGGCCAGCAGGUGUCCCCCAUGCUCCAGAUGCAGCAGAAGCAAAACCGGAUCACGCCGAUCCAGAAGCCUCAGGGUCUGGACCCAGUGGGAAUCUUACAGGAGAGAGAGCACAGACUGCAGGCUCGGAUCGCACAUCGGAUCCAGGAGCUGGAGAGUCUGCCGGGCUCCUUGCCUCCUGACUUGAGGACCAAAGCUACAGUGGAGCUGAAGGCUCUGCGGCUGCUCAACUUCCAGCGGCAGCUGCGGCAGGAUGUGGUGGCAUGCGUGAGACGAGACACGACCCUGGAGACGGCGCUGAACUCGAAGGCCUACCGGCGCAGCAAGAGACAAACUCUGAGGGAGGCUCGCAUGACGGAAAAGCUGGAGAAGCAGCAGAAACUGGAGCAGGAGAAGAAACGCAGACAGAAACAUCAGGAAUAUCUGAACAGCAUUCUUCAGCAUGCUAAAGACUUCAAAGAGUACCACCGCUCGGUGUCCGGAAAAAUCCAGAAACUCACCAGAGCUAUCGCCACCUGGCACACCAACACGGAGCGGGAGCAGAAGAAGGAGACGGAGAGGAUUGAGAAGGAGAGGAUGAGGAGGCUCAUGGCAGAAGAUGAGGAAGGCUACAGGAAACUGAUCGACCAAAAGAAAGACAAGCGCUUGGCCUACUUACUGCAGCAGACGGACGAGUACGUGGGCAACCUCACCACUCUGGUGUACGAACACAAAGCUGCUCAGGCUGCCAAGGACAAGAAGAAGAAGAGGAAGAGGAAGAAGAAGGUGGAUGGAGACGGUGAAGGUACCAGCGCCAUCGGACCUGAUGGAGAGCCCAUGGAUGAAAGUAGCCAAAUGAGCGAGCUGCCCGUCAAAGUGAUUCAGACGGAGACGGGAAAAGUCCUCCAGGGGACAGAUGCUCCCAAGUCCAGCCAGCUGGAGGCCUGGCUGGAGAUGAAUCCAGGAUAUGAAGUGGCCCCGCGGUCAGACAGCGAGGAAAGUGGCUCGGAGUUCGAGGAGGAGGAAGAAGAUGAGGUGGCCAAGACCGAAACGGAGGAGAAGAAGAAAAUCGAUCCGAAUGCAGAUAAAGCGCCUGCAACGGAUUCCAAACACAUCAUUGAGACAGCCAAGCAGGACGUGGACGACGAGUACAGCGUUCCCACGGACCAGACCAGCUUGCAGUCUUAUUAUGGGGUGGCCCACGCCGUCAUCGAGAAGGUGGAGAAGCAGUCCACUCUCCUGAUCAACGGCUUGCUCAAACAGUAUCAGAUCCAGGGUUUGGAGUGGAUGGUGUCCCUGUACAACAACAACCUGAACGGCAUCCUGGCUGAUGAGAUGGGUCUGGGGAAAACCAUCCAAACCAUCGCGCUCAUCACCUACCUGAUGGAACUCAAGAGGCUCAACGGGCCCUACCUCAUCAUCGUACCUCUCUCGACUUUAUCUAACUGGGUCUACGAGCUGGACAAAUGGGCGCCGUCUGUUGUCAAAAUAGCUUACAAGGGCACUCCGGGUCUGCGCCGUGGCCUGGUGCCUCAGCUCCGCAGUGGGAAGUUCAACGUCCUGCUGACCACCUACGAGUACAUCAUCAAAGACAAGCACAUUCUGGCUAAGAUUCGCUGGAAGUACAUGAUUGUGGAUGAAGGCCACCGCAUGAAGAACCACCACUGUAAGCUGACCCAGGUGUUGAACACGCACUACGUGGCGCCCCGCCGCCUCCUCCUCACCGGGACGCCGCUGCAGAACAAGCUGCCCGAGCUGUGGGCGCUGCUCAACUUCCUGCUGCCCACCAUCUUCAAGAGCUGCAGCACCUUCGAGCAGUGGUUCAACGCGCCGUUCGCCAUGACUGGAGAACGGGUUGACCUUAACGAGGAGGAAACCAUCCUGAUCAUCCGGCGCUUGCACAAGGUGCUGCGCCCCUUCCUCCUGCGGAGACUCAAGAAAGAAGUGGAGUCUCAGCUGCCAGAGAAGGUGGAAUAUGUCAUCAAGUGUGACAUGUCUGCCAUCCAGAAGGUUCUGUACCGUCACAUGCAGAAAGGAAUCCUCCUCACGGACGGCUCGGAGAAAGACAAGAAGGGUAAAGGAGGCGCAAAGACUCUGAUGAACACCAUCAUGCAGCUGAAGAAGAUCUGCAACCAUCCCUACAUGUUCCAGCACAUCGAGGAAUCGUUUGCUGAACACUUGGGUUAUCCAAACGGCAUCAUCAGCGGGCCUGAUCUGUACAGAGCUUCUGGGAAGUUUGAGCUCCUUGAUCGCAUCUUACCGAAGCUUCAGGCCACCGGACACAGAGUCCUGCUCUUCUGCCAAAUGACCACGCUCAUGACCAUCAUGGAGGACUACUUCGGCUAUCGUAACUUCCAGUAUUUACGUCUGGAUGGAACCACCAAGUCUGAGGAUCGAGCAAUGCUGCUGAAGAAAUUUAACGAGGAAGGCUCCCAGUACUUCAUCUUCCUCCUCAGCACCAGAGCUGGAGGUCUCGGCCUCAACCUGCAGGCUGCCGACACCGUCGUCAUCUUCGACAGCGACUGGAACCCUCACCAGGACCUUCAGGCCCAGGAUCGGGCUCACCGCAUUGGGCAACAGAACGAAGUCCGUGUGCUCCGCCUCUGCACCGUCAACAGCGUGGAGGAGAAGAUCUUAGCAGCUGCCAAAUACAAACUGAAUGUGGAUCAGAAGGUCAUCCAGGCAGGAAUGUUUGACCAGAAAUCCUCAAGCCACGAGCGCCGAGUUUUCCUUCAGGCCAUUUUGGAGCAUGAAGAACAAAAUGAGGAGGAAGAUGAGGUACCAGACGACGAGACCCUUAACCAGAUGAUAGCUCGCAAUGAAGAUGAGUUUGAGCUCUUUAUGGCCAUUGAGGAUGGAAACCUGGAGGAGAUGGAGGAGGAGAUCCGCCUGAAAAAACGCAAACGCAAACGACGUCAGGGCAAAGACUCGUCGAGUCGGGACAUCACAGGCAUGAAGGCCAAGAAAAGACGUGGACGUCCGCCGGCGGAGAAGCUGUCCCCCAAUCCCCCGAAGCUCACCAAGCAGAUGAACACCAUCAUCGACACCGUGAUCAACUACAGAGACGGGUCAGGAAGACAACUCAGCGAAGUUUUUGUGCAGCUCCCGUCCAGGAAGGAACUGCCAGAAUAUUACGAGCUGAUCAGAAAACCCGUGGACUUCAAGAAGAUUAAGGAACGUGUGAGAAACCAUAAGUACAGGAGUUUAGGAGACCUGGAGAAGGACGUGAUGCUUCUCUGCCAAAACGCUCAAACCUUCAACUUGGAAGGAUCCCAGAUAUACGAGGACUCCAUUGUUCUUCAGUCCGUGUUCAAGAGUGCCAGACAGAAGAUCGCCAAGGACGAAGUGAGCGAGGACGACAGUGAUGAGGAUGAUGAUGAUGACUAUGACUCAGAGGCAGAGGCAAAGUCCGUGCGUGUGAAGAUCAAGCUGGGCAGGGACGGCCGCGGCCACGAUAAAGGCAAGAAGAGGCAGAGCCGGGGGAAGGCCAAGCCGGUGGUCAGCGAUGAUGACAGUGACGAGGACCAGGACGACAACGAUCUGUCAGACAGAAGCAAAAGCGACGACGACUGAGCGGAGACGAGGAAGGUCACGAGGAUAUUGUUUGAAGAGCUUCGAAACAAAAGGACAAUAUCUUCCAUUUCUUUAAGUUCAUCCUUUUUAUUUUGUGUCUUUGUCUCCUUGGUUAGUCUGUAGUUGCUUUUGUCUUUGCUGCCACCAGCGUUUGAAGCGUUUUACUAAUCAGACUGUAACAAACAGCAAUACCAAUCGGCUCCUGUUUUUAAACUCUUUUCUAGUAUAUUUAUAUACAACCACCAAUUCUUUAUAAAAAACAAAGAUUGGUUAUUCUAAAACUAGUUUACCUUCAUUAAAACAAUAAUUAUAAAUAAAACAUCUGGGGUCUAACAUC